CUGGAUCGAGGAACAGGUAAGAUCGGGUACCUGUCAAAUUCAGGUCAGCAGUCAUCCUGUCCGCAGUCUCUGGUCAUCUCCUGUAAAGGUCAUCCCUGCUGUCCGCAUCUCUGGUCAUCCCUGUGCUGUCCGCAGUCUCUGACCGCUGUCCGCAGUCUCUGGUCAUCCCCUGUGCUGUCCGCAGUCUGUCAUCCCUGUGCUGUCCGCAGUCUCUGGUCAUCCCUGUGCUGUCCGCAGUCUCUGGUCAUCCCUGUGCUGUCCGCAGUCUCUGGUCAUCUCCUGUGCCGCAGUCUCUGUCAU